AUGUCAGGCGUGGAAGUGAUCGGCGGUAUCUCCGCUAUUAUUACUAUUAUCGAUGCCUCGAUCAAGAUCUACAACGGUGCUCGGAAGGACAUGAAGUUGUCUAAGACCUUCGAAAACGUGGGGCGCCGACUGCCUAUAAUUCUCCAUACCCUUCAGAUAUGCAAGAAGGACAUAGAACCAAGUAAAGACUCUAUGUCUGCAGAUGUCUGCGAAGCCUUGGAGAAGAUCAUUGAUGCUUGUGAUGAAAAAGCUGGGAAAUUGAGAGAGAUAUUUGAAAAGGUCAUGCCUGGUGAAAAAGAUGCCUGGGAGAAACGAUACCAAAAAGUCAUCAAGAGACUUGGCAAAGGGAACAAGGUCGAAGAGCUCAUGCUAUCGAUCACUCAAGACGUCCAGCUCAUUGUCAACAACCAUGCAGUGAAGUCUGCCAAACCGGAGCAAAAUUUCGAGCUUGAGAAUAUCAUCAAAGAGAUGAAGUCCCUUAAAUCUUCGGUACCUGAGGAAGAAAGCUCGGAUUAUACUUUCAACAGCAGCGGAGGUCCUAUGACGAACAAUCUCCUUAGAGACAAUGCACAGCAAAUCAAUAAUGCUGCAGCCGUUGGAACUCAGAAUUUCGUUACCCACAAGCAGAAAGACGACUUCAGCUUUCGGGGCCCAGUUGGAGUCUGCCUCAGCCAGGCACCCUAUAUCGAUCCAGAGCUAUUCGUGGGGCGUAAUACCGAACUUAAUGAGAUAAAAGAGGCAUUAGAACCAGGAGACAAAUCCCAAGGACAACGACGUCUCGUACUUGGUGGUGUAGGCGGCAUGGGCAAGACACAGCUUGCCAUUGCUUACGCAAAUUGCUACUGUGGCAUUUACACAUCAGUCUUCUGGCUAAAUGCAGCAACUGAGGCCAUUCUUAAGGAUAGUUUUCGAUCGAUGGCCGAGCUAAUCUUUGAUAUACAGGAGCCUGGAGUCCUCGAGGCCAAGCAGAUCGUGAUUUAUGUUCAUCGAUGGUUAUCUGACAUGAAAAAUACACGAUGGCUAUUAAUCUUCGAUAACUACGAUGACCCGGACCAACUUCAAAUUAAACAAUAUUAUCCCCCUGCUUCCCAUGGAGCGAUUGUUGUCACUACACGACGGCCAGAUCUCGUCGCCGGAAGGACUGUCCCGAUACAGCCCCUCAAGGAUAUUGAGGAGAGCCUUACGAUCCUGCAAACCCGAUCCAAGCGAGAAAAUGUUAAAUCUGAUCCUUACGCACAGCGCUUGGCAGAGCGGCUUGGUGGUCUUCCGCUGGCUUUGGCUACCGCCGGGGCAUACCUUCGACAAAGCUCCCUAACUUUUGAGCGCUAUCUUCAGGAGUAUGAGAAACGCUGGAAUAUUGACCCCCGCCGGCCGCCACGGCUCCAAGAGUAUGAUCGCACGCUCUACACGACGUGGGAUCUGUCAUACACCGCGCUCGAAAGUGAUGACCCAGACGCGGCAAAAUUACUAAAAUUGCUGGCUUAUUUUGAUAGCCAGAGCAUUUCGUACAAGCUUCUGCGUGCGGGACUCACUGAUGGCUCUCCAAGAUGGCUAAGUGCAGAUGGCGCUAAGAUCGUGGAGCAUGCAUGCCUGCGUACACGACUGGACGUUGGCGGCACUCAAUAA